AUGAAGAAUUUCAAGGCUUUCAGUGUUCUAGGGCUUCUGUUUGCCCUUGUUCUCAUAUCUUCCGUUGUCACAGCUGAUGAGAAAUCCAAAGAGGACAAUACAGCGGUAGUAGAUGGGGCAACAAAGGACACGAAUCCGGUGACGGGCGAUGCGGAAGAACAAAGAUCCACCGCUAAUGUCAACCCUGAUAGAUAUGGCUGGGGAGGCGGCUGGGGAGGACGAGGUGGUGGCCGGGGAGGUGGACGAGGCGGAGGUGGAUGGGGAGGUGGACGAGGCGGAGGUGGCUGGGGAGGUGGAAGAGGCGGUGGUGGAUGGGGAGGAGGCAGUGAUGAGGCUGAAGUAGUCAAUCCUGAUGGAUAUGGCUGGGGAGGCGGCUGGGGAGGAAGAGGAGGUGGCUGGGGAGGAAGAGGUGGCGGAUGGGGAGGACGAGGAGGCGGAUGGGGAGGCGGUGGUUGGUGA